AUGUCCCAUUCUCCUUUUGCUCUCAGUACUCCAGACUCUGACCCAGACCGAGACCCAGGGCCUCGUAGGCCCGCACACCUGACAGAGGUCCUGGGAGGAGGGUCGGGGUCUCACCGCUUGCCGCCCACAGGCUCACACUCACUGCGGUAUUUAGUAACCACGACCGCGUCUCGAUCGGGUCUCCGAGAUUUUCACGUCUUCAUCGUUGCCUCUGUGGAUCACGUGCCGUUCAUGCGCUUCGACAGUGACGCCGAUACUCAGAGGAUCCAGGCACGCGGGCCUUGGGUGAAGCAGAUGGGGCCCGAAUAUUUGGAGAUGGAAAAAAGAAAUAUGGAGAGAUAUUCACACAGGGCCCGAGAAAACCUGCGAUUCGCAAUCCAGGUCUAUAAUCAGAGCGAUAACGUGUUUAAUUGGUUGCGACAUGAGGCCAGCCAACUCCUCCUCCGUUCGCACUAUAAUCAUGCCUUUGAUGGUCGUGAUUACAUCAGCCUGAACGCGGACCUGAGAACUUGGACUGUGGCUGACUCGACGGCUCAGAUCACCAGGCGACAGUGGGAGGCAGAUGGUGUUGCAGAGACCUUCAACUAUUUCUUGGAGGUCUCCUGCGUUAAAUGGCUACUCAGGCACCUGGAGAUAGGGAAGGAGACUCUACAACGCUCAGACCCCCCAAAGGCACAUGUAACCCAUCACCCUAGACCUGGAGGGUAUGUCACCCUGAGGUGCUGGGCCUUGAGUUUCUACCCUGCUGACAUCAACCUGACCUGGCAGAGAGAUGGAGAGGAUCAGACCCAGGACAUGGACCUUGUGGAGACCAGGCCUGCAGGAGAUGGAACCUUCCAGAAGUGGGCAGCUGUGGUGGUGCCUUCUGGGGAGGAGCAGAGAUACACAUGCCAUGUGCUGCAUGAGGGGCUGCCUGAGCCCCUCAUCCUGAAAUGGGAACCAUCUUCUUGGCCCAUGAUUGGAAUGACUGUUGGUGUGGUUCUCCUUGGACUUGUGGUCACUGUAGCUGUGGCUGCUGUUGUGAUGCUGAGGAAGAAAAGAGCAGAUCCUCCAAAAACAAAUGUGACUCAUCACCCCAGACCUGAAGGAGGCGCCACCCUGAAGUGCUGGGCCCUGAGCUUCUAUCCUGCAGACAUCACCCUGACCUGGCAGAGGGAUGAGGAGGACCUGACCCAGGACAUGGAUCUUAUUGAGACCAGACCUGCAGGGGAUGGAACCUUCCAGAAGUGGGCAGCUGUGGUGGUGCCUUCAGGAGAAGAGCAGAGAUACACAUGCCAUGUGCUGCAUGAGGGGCUGCCUGAGCCCCUCGUCCUGAAAUGGGGUAAAGGGCCUCCUCCAUCUCCCACCACCCCCAUCAUGGGAAUCAUUGCUGGGCUGAUUCUCCUUGGAGUGUUGGUUGCAGGAGCUGUGGCUGCCAUUGUGAAUCUGAACUAUUAUUUGAGAUCUAGGACUAGGAGUUUCCUCUGGCACCAACUGGUUCUUCACCUUCUCUGUCUUUAUCCUCCCAGAGAGGGAAUAGUGUGUAGUUAG